GUAGACCGUGAUCCGUAGUCCGUGAACCCACAGCGGUUCGCAGUUGAAACUUACAUCAACGGGUAGUGCUUAAACGCGGAAUCUGAACUGAAAUCAAUCAAACGUUUAGUGUGUGCUUCAGGGUUUAAACACUCUACUGCUAACUAUAAAGAGAAAAGAGUGCCCAAUAAGAUUUGGAAAGUGCAGUGAGCGAGCUCCGAAUUGGCGCCACUAGUUGCCAAAAUGUCCAGCCACGAGGAGGAUGACCACGAGCACGAGAACGAGCACGGCGAGGAGGUGGAGGAGCAGGAGAUCCAUGUGGACGUGGACUCGGACUCGCGGAUGUCAUGUGGCAGCGGAUCCGAUGUGGAUAUGGACGGCGGCAGUUGCUACGAUGAGUCCGAAACGCCAUUGAGCGAGUCCCUGCAGUCGGAGCAGACGCGCUCCUCGUCCAGUGAGAAUCUGCCCUUCAGCAUAUCACGCCUGCUAUCCAAGCCCUUCGAGACGAGUCACCACCACCACAACAACAACCACCUGCUCAGCAGCAGUCCCGGCUCCAGCAGCAACAACAACAACAGCGGCGAAAAGGGCGAGGAGAAGGAGCUACUGCAGCAGGAGGACCACGAUCUGGCCGCCUAUAAACUGGCCACCAGCAUCGCCAACUCGACGUACGGAAGCGCCGCAGCCCUCUACUCCUAUCCGCAUCUAUAUCCCUCGGCGGCCGGCGGUCAUGUGCUGCGUGUGCCGCCCCAGCGAACGCCGCUCACCUGGGCACUACCGCCACUGCAUCACGCGGCGCUGGCCCAUCAGGCGGUCAAGGAUCGUCUGGCAGCUGCCUUUCCCAUCGCCCGACGGAUCGGACAUCCCUACCAGAAUCGCACGCCGCCGAAGAGGAAAAAGCCACGCACAUCCUUCACGCGCAUCCAGGUGGCCGAGUUGGAGAAGCGGUUCCACAAGCAGAAGUAUCUGGCAUCCGCGGAGCGGGCGGCGCUGGCCCGCGGACUGAAGAUGACCGAUGCCCAGGUGAAGACGUGGUUCCAGAACCGACGCACCAAGUGGAGACGACAGACGGCCGAGGAGCGGGAGGCGGAGCGGCAGGCGGCGAACAGGCUAAUGCUGUCCCUCCAGGCGGAGGCCAUCAGCAAGGGCUUCGCGCCUCCUUCGGCGCCUCUGGGCUCCCAGGGGGGCGUGAACGGGGCGCCCCUGGCUGCUCUGCACGGACUACAGCCGUGGGCAGAGGCGUCGCAUGCGGCGGGCUGCUAAUCGCAUCGCCAUCGGUGGACGAAGUUUGGCGGGAGCUGGUUUAUUUGUGAUACACUUCGCUUUGUACAUACAUACAUAGUUCGGAUGAACGGACAGUUGGCACUGUACAUAGGAGAGGGGCGGCGCCUCGAGGCCCCACUGUAAAUACCUAGCUUUACUCUGUAGUGACGCUUACCUAAUGGAUUCUAAAAUGACGAGGAUUUGCGAUGGUGGCCUGGACCUGCGCUUUAAGUUUGUGUAGAAUCUCGAAUUUUCGUUUUGCGUUUCGUAGUGGUGCAUUUAGGAUCUUAGUUAUUGUUCGACAGUUCAGCAGAAGCAAACCGCAUCUCAAAACGUCGCAGUGAGCUUGGAAGCCACGCCUAGUAAUAGCAUAUUUAAUAUACAAAAUUAUAUACAGAUUGUAAUUGUAAUGUAUUGUAAUUGUAACAUCUGUCUCUAGGCUUAAGCGAAUGGCAUUACCUAGUAUUAUAAAUUAUGAACCCUAAAUACAUGUACGAUUAUUGAAAAGUA